AUGUCUACGCCAAACUCUGUUGACUGUGUCAACGAAGAUGAAAAGUUAAUUUCUGAAAGCUGCCCAUCCCCAGCACUUUCCGUAUCGACCACUGCUUCUACGAAUGAUGGCCAUAGAAGAAAAAAGAAAAAAAAAUAUCGUUCGGUUGAAUCACGCUUUAUGCAACAUCAUCUUCUUAAACCAACAAUAAGUAAAAAACCAUCUAUUACUGGAAUUAAUAGGCUCAGUAUUAGAUCUGGAGGCUCCGUAAUCAAUAGAACAAGCUUAACAAGCCUAAAUAAGACGAGAACAAGCCUAAAUAAGGCUAAAAGUCAAGAUAAGAACUCUAACAAAAUUAUUGGAAAUGAAACUCAAGUCAGCCAACAACCAUUGAUUAGCUUAGAUGACGAGUUAACAAUGUUGAAUUCUAGAUUGACACAAUGGUGUUUCUUGAAUGCUAAAGCUGACCAUGCGUUUGAGUGUCAAAAACGAUCUGCGGAGACACGAUUAUUGGAUGCAUGGAAAUUACUUGUCAAAAAACAAGACGAAUUAUCAAAUGCCAUAAGAAAAUUCACUCUGGAAGAAGAUAUUUCAAGGCUUGAUACAACUUUGUCUUUUCAGGCGAAUCUGAUAUUACAAAUCAGCAAACAUUUGGAACAUUUCAAGACACGUUAUGUCACAUUUGCGUCAUCUUUGGCAAGUACUGCAACUGCAAUGCCAAUUUCUAAUAUAUUGACAGACAAAUUAGAUCAAUUAUCAGGGGAGAUCGAUAUCUGUUCUAAUGCUACUGCUGACCUAUUGAAAAAAUGGGAAGAAACAUCACUGGUCCAUGAUGUCGCUAGUUCGAUGCAAAAACUUUGUAUAAAUCUUAAGGAAGAGGUUCAAGAGUUGAAUGAAUGUAAUACACUUUUACGUGAAAUUUCAGAUGCAGAAAUAGUUGAAACUAGUUUAAGGAUAGAAAAGAUUGAAAACAUGAGUAAUUCUGAUUUAAAAUGGGCCAAAGUUAAUCAAUGA